CUUCCCCUCUGCUGGCUUAUACCGUCAUUUUCCCUGGAAUGAUGCCGAGCAUGCUCGAGGAUGUAUAGAGGUGUAUAGCAGUGUAUAGUAUGUAUUGCGUAGCGCUGACGCUGAUAUUUGAUGUUUGAAUCGUACUAUAUAUAAUAUUAUAGUUGGAAACAAAAACAAUGAUGUUCCCUGUUGAAAUUUGGGAACAAAUAUUUCUUUAUGCUGAUCCAGUGACACUUACAAAUCUAAGAACAGUGUGUAAAUGUUGGAAACAAAUUAUUGAUAAAACUUUAAAGGACAAUGACCACUGGUACAAAAUGUGUAAAAAGGAAAUACCAGAAGAUUUAUGGAUUACCUUGUGCGAAACACUAUGUCCAAUUAAAUUUUAUACAGAGUUUCACACAAACCAUGCAAUAUGGAUGGCAAUGUACAAAUGGUGGAUGAAAUGUAAAAAUAUAGUAAAAUGUGAUACAAAAAUUGAAUGUUUUGAACCAUUACCAAAUCAUAAUUUUAAUGAAUAUGUCACUUGUAUAGAUGUUAAAGGAAGUUUAUUGGCAAUAGGAACAUCUGAAGGAUUUGUUUAUUUUUAUGAUAUUCAUCAUUUACAUACACGUACAAACUGUGUAGUAGAUAGUAAAGAAUAUUUACAAAGUAUUCACAUUCUUAGAAAAGAAUCAACUGUUCUUUGUGUAUGUUGCACUGUAAAUAAUCAUAUAAACUGUUGGGAUGUUAAUAAAAUGAAGUUAAUUAAUAAAACAAGUGGAAAACUGGUUUGCACAAGUUACAGUUAUUGUUGUAUUAGUAUACGCAACUACAUAAUUAUUGAAGGACCAGUACUAAAAACAGGAUAUGAAUUUGGUAUAAAAGAUAUUGUUGCUAUUAGCGCUAGCAAUAACAAGGUACACUUUUACACGGAAGGGGGAUAUUUUGCAACUUUAACUGCAAAUACAGAACAAAUAAAUUAUACUUCCACGCCUAUUCAUCCACCAAAUAUAAGAAUUCGUCGAUAUUAUAUGUUUCAACCAAAUAUAGUUAUCUGUAUUGCAGAAUAUGGGUAUUUAGGUAUUUUAGUACAAGGAAAAGAAUGGAAAAUGCAUAACAUAUUUCCCGUUUUACACGGUAUCCCAACUGCAGUUUUAGUACAUGGUCAUUUACUUGUUUUAGGUCUGGAUUCAGGAAAUGUUCAUAUGUAUUAUAUAACGGAUUUUGAAACAAUAGAUUUCAACAAUAUUAAUUGUAAAAAAUUAACUCUAGACCUCACAGCCGUUAUAUCAAUAAAUACAGUAGUUCAUCAUGGAGAAUAUUUAAUAAUUGCUUAUAAAAGAAAAAUUUAUACUGUAAAACUUCUUUGAUAUAGUUCUCUUAUG